UGUGGCUUGGCCUUCCAAUUUUGCCCUUCCACAUCUCACACUCAAACCCUCCACUCUUCCAUUUUUAUAGAAACGAAAUUCCCUAAUCGGCCAGUAAUUUCUUCCUCUUUCACCGGCGGCAACAGCAUGGAUCUGAUUGAAAACUCCCUACAGGUUCAAAAGAACCAUGGAUCUAUAUUCUACCUCGGUUAGUGUCAGAAAUCUGCCUUUCUUUUCUACAGUUUUGCAAAUCGAAUUCCUCUUACAAGAACACGCGACGACGGAAAAAUAGAUUAUAAAAGUAAUAUUAACUUUGAACUACCUAUUCAGUAAUAUAAGAUAUCUACAACAUAGCAACAGUUCUUGAUUUUCUCUCGCACACACCCUUUUCUUGGUAAAGUACCCUAAUAUUCUAACUUAUGCAUAUAAAUUGGAACUAGAAUUUAAAAUUUUGUCGUUUGAUUCUUCUUUUUUCAAUUUUGUAAUGAAAUCGGACAAUAAUAUGCUUCUAAAUGUUUUCGAAUCGGGGAUUUAUAUGAAUUUUGAUCUUCAUUAUGGAAUUACAAGUGUUUGUAAUUUUUCUUUGAAUAUUGUUUUGUACUAAAUUUGUGAAAUUUUUUAAUGGCAUUUAUGGUAUAAUUAUAUGUUAUUGAGCAGAGAGGAUUCAUGGGUUUGUUUUUGAAUGGGAAAUACAUGAAUUUGUGAUAUAAUGUUCUAUUUUUUUUUUAAUGAGGAUGUGUAAUGAGAAAGAUUGUUUUUGACAUUACAUGUUUCCUUCAUUUUAAUUUCAGUGUUAAGUGCUCAAUUUGUUUUCUUAGGGUUCAUAUUAGUAUUUUUUUUGUUGAUUAAUUCUUUUAGGUUCUUUCAUACGGGGUUUGGAAUGACGAGAAUUCGAAAUCAUGUUCUAUUCUUAUUAUUGAAUCUACACCACAUGUCCGAUGACUUGCACAUCUAUGUUACUUGUUCUAAGACUUCGUUGCACAUAUUUUCCAAAACAAUUCCGUCGGGAUAAGUUCCUAAGCCGAUACUGACGAGCCAAACAUACUGUUUUUUUUGUUUUUCAAACUCUAUUUCCUUUCUAGUGGUCAGUAGUUGUAGUGCUGUUAUAAAUUUAAAAUUUUGUAUGUUUACAUGUAACAAAACUCCGUAUCUCAUGUAUAUUUCAUUUUCCUUCUCAAACGCAUAUGGGCUUCCACACUGCCUCGACUUCCAACCGCCAACCAAUCUAGCCCCAAGCCCGUGCGAGGAGGACUCCAGUGGACGUCAGAAGAUAAUCGAGUCUUCAUUGCCACCUGUGAGACUGUAAUAGCAAACGUGCACCAUAGUGGGAAGUGCUUCACGAAACAUGGCUGGCACACGAUUGUCCAAUUGUUUGACACCAACUCCAUGCACGAUUGGAAUAAGCAGUAGUUGAAGAAUCAUUGGGAUUAUCUUCGGGUCAAGUAUGAACGUGUCCAGGACUUGAUAGAUAGCACUGGCAUCGCAUAUCACUCUGCACGCGACCGUCGAGUCGCGUACGACGAGUGGUGGGUGCAAAAGAUUAAGGGUUGAUGCUCAUACCUGUGGAAAAGCAAUGGUGAAAUCUCUUGAAGAUGCUUCUUAACCUGAUGAACUCCCAGAGUUCUUCAAAGUUUAUAUGGCUGCUCUUUGGUCCGAAAGAUUGAGAAUUCCUCCGGCUUUCAUCGAGAAUUUUGGUAGAAAAAUACCUCGAAAUAUCAUGCUUGGAACGUCAUCAAACCUCUUUUGGAAGGUUCACAUAAACAAAAUCAAUGAUUAUCUCUUUUUUGAGGAAGGUUGGCCAGAAUUUAUUCAAGAAAGUUCAUUGGCACAUGGAGAAUUUCUAACCUUUUCUUAUGCCGGUGGCUCAAAGUUCUAUGUUAAAAUAUUUGCAACAAAUGGCUGUAGAAAGAGCGUAGCCCCUCAUCGCAAUACCAAGUACGAACCUUUCAAGUUAUGCCAAGGGAACGAGGCAUCGAGACCUGGCAAGUCUUACUCUAUUGAAGCUCCCCGAGGAAAUCUACAUGGCAGGGAUCUGGCUGUAAGAAAAUCUGGAGGCAAAUGUCAUUCUUUUGAAAUGGUCAUGACGAAGACUUAUAUCCAUAAAGGGCUUCUGAAUAUACCGUCUCACUUUGAUAUGUAUUUGAAAACGAGUGAUUUUGGCGAACGAAUUGCUACUCUUCAGCAUAAAGAUAAGUCGUGGCGUGUGGUUGUUGCUACUUCAAGCAAUAGAAACCGAUUUGCUCAAGGCUGGACCAAAUUGUGAAUGACAAUUCUCUGAAAAAUGGAAACAUAUGCAAUUUCAAAUUGAUUGAUAGGAAUGAUUUGGUCUUCAAAGUCACUAUUUGUGGAUGAUUAUUUACCAGAUUAGUUAUUUUGUAGCAUGUUUACUUCAAUACUAGACUGGAUUGAAAUGUGUAAUGGACAAAACUGUAAUAUUGUUUUCUCGCUUAAUAUAAUCGCGUGUUAAUCCUUUGUA